AUGUCCCUUUCCUUCUUUUUUAUUUCUCUCCCUUUCCUCCUUUUUUAUUUCCCUGCCUUUGCUUCCUUUUCAUUUCUCUUCUUUUCCUUCUUUUUUCUCUCCCUUUCCUUCGUUUUUAUUUUUCUCCGUUUCUUUCUUUUUAUCUCACUGUUUCCUUCUUUUUUAUUUCUCUCCCUUUCCUUCUUUUUUAUUUCUCUCCCUUUCCUUUUUUUUGUUUCUCUGCCUUUCCUUCUUUUUUCUCUCUCUUUCCUUCUUUUUUAUUUCUCUCCCUUUCCUUCUUUUUUCUCUCCCUUUCCUUCUUUUUUUAUUUCUCCCCCUUUCCUCUUUUUUUAUUUCUCUGCCUUUCCUCCUUUUUUCUCUCCUUUUCCUUCUUUUUUAUUUCUCUUCUUUUCCUUCUUUUUUCUCUUCCUUUCCUUCUUUUUUAUUUCUUUUCCUUCCCUUCUUUUUUAUUUCUCUCCCUUUCCUUCUUUUUUGUUUCUCUGCCUUUCCUUCUUUUUUUCUCUCCCUUUCUUUCUUUUUUAUUUCUCUCCCUUUCCUUCUUUUUUCUCUCCCUUUCCUUCUUUUUUUAUUUCUCCCCCUUUCCUUCUUUUUUCUCUCCCUUUCCUUCUUUUUAUUUCUCCCCCUUUCCUCUUUUUUUAUUUCUCUGCCUUUUCCCUUUUUUCUCUCCUUUUCCUUCUUUUUUAUUUCUCUGCCUUUCCUUCUUUUUCUCUCCCUUUCCUCCGUUUUUUAUUUCUCUCCCUUUUCUUCUUUUUAUUUCUUCUUUUCCUUCUUUUUUAUUUCUCUCCCUUUCCUUCUUUUUUCUCAUCCUUUCCUUCUUUUUUAUUUCUCUCCCUUCCCUUCUUUUUUAUUUCUCUCCCUUUCCUCCGUUUUUUAUUUCUCUCCCUUUUCUUCUUUUUAUUUCUUCUUUUUCUUCUUUUUUAUUUCUCUCCCUUUCCUUCUUUUUUCUCAUCCUUUCCUUCUUUUUUCUCUCCCUUUCCUUCUUUUUUAUUUCUCUUCUUUUCCUUCUUUUUUCUCUCCCUUUCCUUCUUUUUUUUUUCUAUUUUUUAUUUCUCUUCUUUUUUAUUUCCCUGCCUUUUUCUUUUCCUUAUUUCACUGCCAUUGCUUCUUUUUUUAUUUCUAUUUCUUAUUUCUCUCCUUUUCCUUCUUUCUUAUUUCUCUCCCUUUCCUUCUUUUUUUCUCUCUUCCUUUUCAAAAUUUGGUGAACCACUAAACCACGAAGCCUGGGAAUGGUACCACACAGUCGUUGGGGAGAAUAGAUGCGACAUUGUUGAUACGUGGUGGCAGACAGAAACAGGAGGUAUUGCUAUCGCCCCCCGUCCCUCGAAUUGUGGAGACCCUAUACACCCUGCCAUGCCUAUGAGACCAUUCUAUGGAAUCGACCCUUGUUUGAUCGACAGAUCAGGCCAUGAAAUUGAAGGAGACGACAAACGAGGAAUGCUGUUUAUUCGCAAACCCUGGCCCGGAAUGUGCAGAACUAUUUACGGUGACCAUGAGCGAUUUAUCAAUACCUAUUUAAAAUCGCCAACAGGUUAUUACAACUCAUCUGACGGAGCUGUCCGACUCGAAGACGGAAACUACCGAAUCAUAGGCAGGAUCGAUGACGUCAUUAACGUCAGCGGACACCGUCUGGGUACAGCUGAAAUCGAAGAUGCGAUGGGGGACCACCCAGAUGUAGCAGAGUCUGCCGUCGUUGGCUACCCACAUGACAUCAAAGGAGAAGGAAUUUAUGCCUUCGUUGUAUUAAAAGACCACGCCACGCACUCUGACGACAUCAUCGACAAAGAACUGAAGACUUUGGUGAAAUCAAAAAUCUCCAGCUUUGCCCAACCAGACAAUAUUAUGGUUCUUCCAGGUUUGCCCCGCACUCGAUCCGGAAAGAUCAUGAGGCGAAUCCUGCGUAAAGUCGUGUGCGGAGAAUCAGAUUUCGGGGACGUUUCAACUUUAGUGGAUCCAUCUAUUGUCGAACUCAUCCUCAAGAGGCAGUCUGAAUCCGCGCAUCGUUCUCUCUGA